GUUACUCAACUCACUGUAACACCAAAAUGCCUGAAGAUGGUGCCAAAGCAUGAGAUGAAGCUCCUCAAUUCACUUCAACAUAGUUCUGUGGCACUAGAUGGCACUACAUAAAGCUCCUCAACUCAGUCCAACGUUGUUCCUUUUCACCAAAAUAUAGAGCCAAAGCUUUAAAUGGGCCUCAACACAUUUCAACAGAGCUCUUUAGUACAAACAUGUUAAAAGAUGGUGCAAAAUCUUCAAUUCAACAGUUUCAUGACAACAACAUAUUCAUACUAUACAGGGCUCUGGGCUAAGUACAAAAACAGCGAAUAAGAGAGAAACAAAAAUGAAUAUUCAUUAGUUUUCACUAAAGGUUCACCGAAUACUCCUUUAAAUUUUCCCAAGAACGGUUCCGAGAUGUCUAGAACGGCACAAAUGAGCCAGUAUACAGUAAGUGUAGUAAACCUAUGGGUGAAUGUUAAUCCUGCCUGCAAACUUUGCAGAAAGACGACCGAUCACCCAAGAAAGAUUAGUGAUUGGGUACAGCCACUUUCUAUGCUGCGAAGCCGGAGUCACAAAGACGCUUUGUUGAGGCCAACAACAAAACCUCUGUUCGCUGGCGAUCCGGCGCUCACAAACGAUUACAUCGGGGAGAGGACUGCCAAGCUUGACCCUGCACCACCAACUUUGAGUGCUAAUUCAGAACAAUUCACAGGACCGGUGAUGACUUUGUAUGUUUCACUCCUGACUGCGUCCGGACAUUAACGCGAUGGCAAGUCAAAGAAUGUUACAUUUCUGACUCAGCUGGUUAAAAAAGAAACUUUUCAAAGAUGGAGCUGCAGGAUAGCCCGGUGCUUCCAACGACAGUGGCUCACAUAGGGGAGGAGGUUGUUAUGGCAUCCCAGGUCCUCGAGAUCAUUUGCGGAUUCGCCCCCGAGACGAAGCGCCGCACCCCGGAUAGAGACGCAUGGUCGGUGGAGGAGGGAGACGACUCCGUCUUCUACAGCGAUGAAGAUCAAGCCGAGGAGCACAGCAGAGCGAAAAGAUCUGCCGAUCCGGCCGUAGAAGCGUCCAAUGUGAAUUGUCAACGUUCGGAAACAAGUGAGGAGCCUCUCCUGAGCAAAAUUCAAGAGGCCUGUGAGGAAAUCCAGGGCGAAGAAAGCGAGCGUGACGAGCGAGCGCCUGUGAUUGGCUCUGUGGAGCCUCGCUGGGCUCUUCGAAGUGAGCAAGAAAGGCCUGAGCACAGCGGAGCCUCAUAUCAUGACGAGCAGAAGAAUGGACAGGCUCCAGCCCCUGAGUCACCUCCUGCGGAGAGCUUCCAGAACCAGGGCAGUUCAAUUUCCGAGUCAGAGGAAGCCCUCAACGCCCGCCAUCCCGACGCGUUCCCACGGGUCCCCGCCGUCCCCGGCCACUCCACCCUACCUCUCCCAAAGAAGUCCUCCGACGCCCUCGGAUGCCACGACCACCUCGCCGCUUCGAAAUACAACUCCGUAUCAUACCGCAAGAUUCGCAGAGGGAACACCCGCAAGAAAAUCGAGGAAUUUGAGUUCAUCAUGAUGAAUUUGUGAUUCAAACAAAAAGUUCUUAUUAACGGCGGCUAGUUCUGCUCCCAAUGAGUGAUUUGAGUAGGAUUGUGCACAAAACUAACUCAUUCGCUGCCAGCCCUUUUCAAAGCAGACUUCCCCAUCCAGUAUUGCCAGCCAUCUGCUUCAAGCAUUUUGACUGAUCUGUAUUGUGUACUGAUAACAUAGGUACCUAACCGAAAAAAGAGAAAUGGGUACUCUGUCGUUCCACCAAAAAGAAAAACGUUCUCACUUUUUCUGUCCUUUAAUAUUCAGCAACAGCAAACACCAAAAAGUGAAGAAAACAAAGCUCUCUGCAGGAGGGGAGACUUUGAUACGAAAAAGAGUAAAACCAGAAAAACAAGUUGAGAAAGGGCUUUUGAUGGCAACAUUUUUUUUUUAAAGUACACAACUCAGGAACUUGCCGUGAGCUGAACUGACUCACUGGGUGGCUCCAGGUGAACAUCAGUGGAUUUUUGUCACACCAAGAAUUCCUUGGUCUUUUCUCACCAUUGCAAAACACACUUACGACCUUCUUGUACUGCCUACU